AAGCGUAAGUAUGGCGUUUGAGUAUUUGGCUUACGAUUUAUCGCGUGGAGAGGAGGAAGUGAGCCCUCAAAUAGUUGAUCGAAGUUUGCUCCGGCAUGUGGACAAUCCUUUCGAUUUGGAUGCAGGGGAGUUCCAGAAGUUAUUCCGUUUAACUCCAGACUUGACUGAGGACGUAGUUUCGCAGCUUGACAGCCAUCUUAGAGGUUCCAGAAUAACAGCGAUUUCGACUGAAAAACAGGUUCUAGCUGCACUGCGAUUUUUUGCAACCGGGUGUUAUCAACGACCCGUAGGUGAGCAAUGGGGAAUAUCUAUGAGCCAGUCGUCCGUUAGCCGUAGCAUUCAUCGGGUAACAGCUGCAAUCAACAGCUCCAUGUUUUGCGCAAAGGUGAGAUUUCCCAUUACCCAAGUGGAGCGGCAAGCGGCAAAAGAAAUUUUUGCUUCAGCAACCUCCCCGUUUGUGGGAGGUACCAUUGGAGCUAUCGAUUGCACGCACGUGUCAAUUUUGGCCCCGAAACGUCAUGAAGAAGCGUAUGUCAACCACCACGGCUACCAUUCGCUUAAUGUCCAAAUGAUAUGUGAUCCUACACUUAAAAUUUUAAACGUAAAUGCCAAAUUUCCGGGAGCACGGCACGAUUCAUACAUUUGGAGUUCCUCUGCGGUGCGAAUGGUUAUGCAACGGAAUUUUGAAAUUGGAAACCAUAACUUGUUUUUGAUUGGUGAUUCCGGGUACCCUUUGGAGCCUUGGCUGAUGACUCCUCUAACAAACCAACCGGAAGGUACUCCGAAAUUCUUGUACAAUGAGGCAUUGUGCAAAGCUCGUAACCCAGUUGAGAGACUUUUUGGUGUUCUUAAGGCAACGUGGCGGUGCUUGUCUCAACAAAGGACACUCUUGUACGAUCCAGGAUUUACUGGACAAGUAGUUAACGCGUGCUCAGUUUUACAUAAUAUUCGUUUAAGAGAAGGAAUAUACCAGACCGAAAAUGAAUUCACAGAGCCCAGAACAAACGACAUUUUUGUAAACCAAGAUGCACCAUCCUCAACAGCAAAGCGCAUCCAAGACCGACUGAUUGCUAAUUUUUUUACUUAAAUACUAUUUUCACUCAUAAUCAUUCCGCAUACAUAUCUAUGUGAACACUCGGGUAUAAAAAGUUAAAACAUUUUCAUAUUUAUUGUUAAAACAUUUUCAUAUUUAUUGUUAAAA